AUGGAGCCUCCAGCCAAUCCGGGAGACAGCCCGGUGGAGUUGGAGUUAACGGUGGAGAAUGUGGAGUCGGCUCUCUACCAGCUCUACUUUGACCCGGACAUGGAGCGUAAGAAUGUGGCCCAGAAGUGGCUGACCCAGGCCCAGGCCUCCGCACAGGCGUGGCACUUCUGCUGGGCCCUGCUCGGCCCCGACAAGCUCCCGGAGGUUCAGUUUUUUGGCGCCAGCACCCUCCACACCAAGAUCUCCCGUCACUGGAGCGACCUCCCCGCGGACCAGCACGAGAGCCUGAGGACGCAGCUCCUCUCCCACAUCCUGUUCUUCUCCUCUGGGCCCAAAAUGGUGCUAACCAGGCUGUGUGUCGCCCUGGCCUCUAUGGCUCUUAACUUAAUCCCACAGGCUUGGUCCCAGCCCGUGGCGGACAUGGUGAGGGCCUUCCAGCCGCAGAAGCCCGACUCUGAGGGCAGCUCUGGUGCAAAGGCCACCCAGGACCCUCAGGCGCACUGCCUCGCGCUGUUGGAGCUCCUCACCGUACUUCCAGAGGAGUUCCAGAGCGGCCGGCUGGCUCAGGCUCGUCGCGCCCAGCUGAGGGAGGCCCUGGCUGGGGAGUGGGCGGUGGUGUGUCCGAUGCUGCGUCAGCUGCUCCAAAGCCAGGACUCCUCGGUCCAGGUGAAGGAGAAGGUGCUGCGCUGCCUGUCCAGCUGGGUGGGGCUGGACGUGCCGUUAGGGGAGAGUCAUGAACUGGUCCAGGACUGUUUCACCGCUCUGUCCGACCCAGAGCUGUUCGACACGGCCGUGGAGACGAUAGUCAACGCGAUCUCACAGCCUGACAGCCAGAGGUACAUUGAUGCUCUGGUGAACUUGAUGCCUCUGGUGCUGGGUCUCCAUGACCAGCUGAAGACAGCGGCUCAGGAUGGGGACAUGGAAACGUCACACGGUAUCUGUCGUAUUGCUGUUGCUAUGGGAGAAACACACUCAAGGGUUUUGUUGGAACAGGUGGAGCACUGGCAAGAGUAUCUGGCUUUGGUUAACAUGAUUCUUUUCUGUACUGGCAUCCCUGGACACUACCCAGUCAGUGAGACCACCAGCUCCCUUACACUCACCUUCUGGUACACUCUGCAGGAUGACAUCUUGUCAUUUGAGGAGGACAAGCAGGCCGUUUACCUGCAGGUCUACAGGCCGGUUUACUUCCAACUGGUGGACGUGCUGCUACAUAAAUCCCACUAUCCCUCCCAGGAGGAGUAUGCCUCCUGGUCUUCUGAUGACAAGGAGCAGUUCAGGAUUUACAGAGUGGACAUUUCCGACACUCUGAUGUAUGUGUAUGAAAUGCUGGGAGCAGAGCUGCUCAGUAACCUUUACGACAGGCUGGGCAGACAGCUGAUGAACCCCCAACAGUCAGCAGUAUGGCAGGACACAGAGGCGCUAUUGUUCGGCUUCCAGUCCAUAGCUGAGACGAUAGACGUGAACUACUCUGACGUUAUCCCUGGUCUCAUCGGUCUCAUCCCCAGAAUCAACAUCAGCAACGUUAUGCUGGCUGACACCGUCAUGUACACCAUAGGAUCCCUGGCUGAGUGGCUGGCUGAUCACCCCGUGAUGUUGGGUGGCAUAUUACCCAUGGUGCUUCAGGGCCUUGUGAAACCAGAGCUGUCUGUGUCCAGUGUAUCCACCCUGAAGAGGAUCUGCAGGGAGUGCAGACAUGACCUCGGCCCCUACGCUCAGGACAUCCUGACCGUGUCACAGGAUGUACUGAUAAAAGAAAUCCAUAAGAGCAGCCAGUGCAUGUGGUUGAUGCAGGCUCUGGGUUUCCUCCUGUCCGCCCUGCCGCUGGAGGAGAUUCUAGCUAGACUUCACUCUCUCAUCAGCCCUCACAUCCAGCAGCUGGAUACACUGGCCCAGCAGGAGCCUGAUGCCACUAACAAACCGUCUAUCAUCUACAUCCUUGGGAUGCUGGCCAGCCUCUUCACCACUCUGGACAUCAACAGACAAGCAGACAGCUUAGAGGGAGCAUCCAGCCCGAGACCCAAUCCCUCACAGAAUCCAGUUGUCGUUGUGUUACAGCAAGUGUUCACGCUGAUCCAAACCAUCCUCAGCAAGUGGCUCGAUGACUCAGAUGUAGUAGAGGCAGUGUGCGCGGUGUUUGAUAAGUCAGUUCGAACCCUCCUACAUGAUUUCGGGCCCAUGGUGGCUCAGCUGAAUGAGAUGCUGGGGCAGAUCUACAGCGCCUUCCCACAAGCCUCAGCUCUGGACCUGGCGCGGCAGAUGGUUCACAUAUUUGCCGGAGAGGAACACCACAUCUCUAACAUCAAAAGCCUCAUUGAGGUGUUGACUUCUGCCACACUUACUAUAUUUCAGCAAGGUCCACGGGAUCAUCCUGAUAUUGCAGAAUCAUUUAUGCACCUUCAUGCUCAGAUUCUUAAAAGGAAACCUGAUAUGUACCUGUCGGAUCAGCUGGAUGUUAAAGGGCUGUUUUACUGCGGGAUUCUAUCACUGAAGUUCCCAGAGACACCCACAGUAAAAGCUGCCACUCUAUUCUUUACAGAGCUGUUGCCUCGUUGUAAAGACAUGCCCUCGCUUGGUGAAGUGUUGCAGAGGGAUGGAAAGCUUCUGACAGAGACCAUACUCCAGGCGGUCGGAGGCGAGUCACCUCGCAGUCUGACGGAGCACUUCUCUGAGGUGCUGUUGAGUCUAAACAGACACUGUCCAGCUCUGCUGUCUCAGUGGCUGAAAGAAACACUACAGACCCCGGGUUUCCCUUCGGCCCAGGUCUCCACAGAGCAGAAACACACCUUCAGUCAGCAGCUUCUCAGGGAGCAAACCAACAAGCGGCGCGUAAAGGAGAUCGUGAAGGAGUUUUCUCUGCUCUGUCGGGGCCUGCAGGGGUCUGGAUACUCAGAUUACUAGACUGAGAGAGAGAGAGGGAAAACCCUGGACUGAACCAAAGCAAAAACACAGAUUAUUUGGACUCUUAUUAGGAUGAGUGGACAUCUGUGCAACAUGUUUUAAUAAAAAUACCUUUGUAAGUUCCCAAAAAUGGAAGAAAAAAAGUGUCACAUUGUCCUUUAUACUCAUCUCCAGGCAUGGAUCCAAAACCUCAAACUCCAUCUGACAAACUGACACCAAUAAACAGUUCAUUCUUUGCAGCUGCGUGA